UUCUGCAUGCUGGGACACACAGACACGCAGACACAGAAACACAGGGCUCAGGGCCCUCCUAUGGACCCUGCCCCCUCCUCUGCUAUCGAGGGCUGUCCACCCACCCUGAUCUUCCAGGCUUCAGCCCUCUCCUUAGCCCAGGAUCUGCGUGGCACUGAGGGACCUGGGAGUCAGACUUCAAGACUUCAGCAACUCCAGCUCUGGUCAGCCCCAAUCCUCCCGAGCCCAGAGCCAACCCUAUCAUGACAAAGGAGUACCAAGAUCUUCAGUAUUUGGAUGAGGAGAAUGACCAUCAUCAGCUCAGAAAAGAGCCACCACCACCUCAACCCAUCCUGCGGCGUCUCUACUCCGGACCUCGCCUCCUCCUGCUGUCCCUGGGCCUCAGCCUUCUGCUGCUGGUGGUUGUCUGUGUGAUUGGAUCUCAAAACUCCCGGAUGCAGGAGGAACUGCGGGCCCUGAGAGAGACAUUCAACAACUUCACAGUGAGCACAGAGGCCGAUGUCAGGGCCCUGAACACCCAGGGAGGCAACGUGGGAAGAAAGAUGAAGUCGCUGGAGUCCCAGCUGGAGAAACAGCUGCAGGGCUUGCGUGAAGAUCACUCCAGCUUGCUGCUCCACGUGAAGCAGUUUGUGUCCGACCUGCGCAGCCUGAGCUGUCAGAUGGCGGAGCUCCAGGGCAAUGGCUCAGAACGCACCUGCUGCCCGGUCAACUGGGUGGAGAACGCAGGCAGCUGCUACUGGUUCUCCCGCUCCGGGAAGGCCUGGCACGAGGCGGAGAAGUACUGCCAGCUGGAGAACGCCCACCUGGUGGUGGUCACAUCCUGGGAGGAGCAGAGAUUCGUCCAACACCACACGGGCCCUGUGAACACCUGGAUGGGCCUCUCCGACCAAACUGGGCCCUGGAAGUGGGUGGACGGGACGGACUACGAAACCGGCUUCAAGAACUGGAGACCAGAGCAGCCGGAUGACUGGUACGGGCACGGGCUGGGAGGGGGCGAGGACUGUGCCCACUUCACCGACGAUGGCCGCUGGAAUGACGACGUCUGCCAGAGGCCCUACCGUUGGGUCUGUGAGACGGAGCUGGGCAAGGCCAGCCAGGAGCCUCCUGCUUCCUAAUUUAUUUCCUCCGUGCCUUGACCUGCCAAGGAAUCCUUCUAUCUGGGGGCCUCCUCACCUUCUCGGGGAUCUUCAUCAUGGGUUUUAAGCAAAGGGGAAAGGAUGGUGUCUGGGAAGGUGGGGUGAUAUUAGGAGGGGUAGGGAGACUGAAACCCAUGUCACUUUCUGCAGUUUGCCAGUUAUCAUUGUCAACUUUUUUUUUUAAAAGAGUGAAAAGAAGAAAAAUAUACCUAAACAUACUGUGAA